AUACCGCUCUCAUCGACGGCCAUCUAACUGUUAUCUGGUAUUCCGUUAAUCACGUCAAUCGAGACCUCCAAGGUGCUUUCGGCGUUGGAGGGCAUGCCCGGGCACGGCCCUGAGCGAUGCUUGAUGGUGACGUCAUCGGUGGUUGUGGUGGUACCGGGUUGUGUGCGUGGGCCAGCAGACUCAUCUUUGUCUGCGCUAGCAUCGGCGAAGCCGUCAAUGCCAACAACUGCAGCAUCACUGACAGCGAUGUCCGCUUCAACCUCUUUAUGUCUCGACGUUAGGUGGGAUGCGCAUCUCAUCGUUCUCUCCGGCAUCUUGACUGGAUCCGACACUUCGUCGAUUUGCGUGCCGCUGAAAUAUCGGACUCAAGUCGGAGUUCCUACGAUAGUACCUGGUAGCAUUCUCUGGCUUGGUGUGGGUUUUGCCUUUCUGCGCCAGGUCUUGUUUUUGACGCCAUUGUCCUUGGCUCGAUCGUCGCAGACGGCUCCCUCUUGACUAAGGUCUUGCUGUUAACUGACGUCAUGCUAUACACGGAGGCCUCGCCCUUGACGGAGUCUUCGGUCUUGACCGAUGGCUGCCAGUACCUCUUAGUCGGCUUCGUCGAAUCACCGCUCUCUCGG